UAAGUAAGGGUGUUCCAUGACUGGAAUUGAGAACCACUGACUUGGAAUGGAAUUCUUUCUUUAGAUAAAACUUGCCAUUCACCAACCCUGAUCAAAGCCGCCUACCUCAGAUUUUUCUAAUGAUCCCAAAGACAUUGACUGGCACUGAUUAACAUGCUCGGGUGUGUUUGACUAGGGUUGGAGCUAAACUCUGCAGGAAUGUGGAUCUCGAAGUCCAGAUUUAAGGAUCUCUGGUCUAUAUGCACAAACUAAAGCUGACUAUCUGUGUUCAUGCAGUGAAGCCAGGUCAAUGUCCCAUACCGGAGAUGAUCCCACUCUGUGCUGAUAGCUGUUUCAAUGAUGGCCAGUGUCCUGCCACACAGAAAUGUUGCCCAACCACCGGUGGCUUUGCAUGCAGUGAACCGCGUGGCCAGGGAAGAGGUCAGGCAACUUGCCAUGGAAACGGUUCUGGCCAGGGAAGCGGCUAUGGCCAGGGCGCAGGUCAGGGAAGCGGCUAUGGCCAGGGCGCGGGUCAGGGAAGCGGCUAUGGCCAGGGCGCGGGUCAGGGAAGCGGCUAUGGCCAGGGCGCAGGUCAGGGAAGCGGCUUUGGCCAGGGUGCAGGACAGGGUGCUGGCCAGGGAAGCGGCUAUGGCCUGGGAAGCGGCUAUGGCCAGGGUGCAGGAGCUGGACAGGGAAGUGGCGCAGGAGUUGGACAGGGAAGCGGCUAUGGCCAGGGCGCUGGAGCAGGACAGGGAAGCGGCUAUGGCCAGGGCGCUGGAGCAGGACAGGGAAGCGGCUAUGGCCAGGGCGCUGGAGCAGGACAGGGAAGCGGCUAUGGCCAGGGCGCUGGAGCAGGACAGGGAAGCGGCUAUGGCCAGGGCGCAGGAGCUGGACAGGGAAGCGGCUAUGGCCAGGGCGCAGGAGCUGGACAGGGAAGCGGCUAUGGCCAGGGCGCAGGAGCUGGACAGGGAAGCGGCUAUGGCCUGGGCGCAGGAGCAGGACAGGGAAGCGGCGCAGGACAGGGAAGCGGCGCAGGACAGGGAAGCGGCGCAGGACAGGGAAGCGGCGCAGGACAGGGAAGCGGCGCAGGAGCAGGACAGGGAAGCGGCUAUGGCCUGGGCGCAGGAGCUGGACAGGGAAGCGGCGCUGGAGCAGGACAGGGAAGCGGCGCUGGAGCAGGACAGGGAAGCGGCGCUGGAGCAGGACAGGGAAGCGGCUAUGGCCAGGGCGCUGGAGCAGGACAGGGAAGCGGCUAUGGCCAGGGCGCAGGAGCAGGACAGGGAAGCGGCGCAGGAGCAGGACAGGGAAGCGGCGCAGGAGCAGGACAGGGAAGCGGCGCAGGACAGGGAAGCGGCGCAGGACAGGGAAGCGGCGCAGGAGCAGGACAGGGAAGCGGCUAUGGCCAGGGCACAGGAGCAGGACAGGGAAGCGGCGCAGGAGCAGGACAGGGAAGCGGCUAUGGCCAGGGCACAGGAGCAGGACAGGGAAGCGGCGCUGGAGCAGGACAGGGAAGCGGCUAUGGCCAGGGCACAGGAGCAGGACAGGGAAGCGGCGCAGGAGCAGGACAGGGAAGCGGCGCAGGAGCUGGACAGGGAAGCGGCUAUGGCCAGGGCACAGGAGCAGGACAGGGAAGCGGCGCUGGAGCAGGACAGGGAAGCGGCUAUGGCCAGGGCGCAGGAGCAGGACAGGGAAGCGGCGCAGGACAGGGAAGCGGCGCAGGAGCAGGACAGGGAAGCGGCGCAGGAGCUGGACAGGGAAGCGGCUAUGGCCUGGGCGCAGGAGCUGGACAGGGAAGCGGCGCUGGAGCAGGACAGGGAAGCGGCGCUGGAGCAGGACAGGGAAGCGGCGCUGGAGCAGGACAGGGAAGCGGCGCUGGAGCAGGACAGGGAAGCGGCUAUGGCCAGGGCGCUGGAGCAGGACAGGGAAGCGGCUAUGGCCAGGGCGCAGGAGCAGGACAGGGAAGCGGCGCAGGAGCAGGACAGGGAAGCGGCGCAGGAGCAGGACAGGGAAGCGGCGCAGGACAGGGAAGCGGCGCAGGACAGGGAAGCGGCGCAGGAGCAGGACAGGGAAGCGGCUAUGGCCAGGGCACAGGAGCAGGACAGGGAAGCGGCGCAGGAGCAGGACAGGGAAGCGGCUAUGGCCAGGGCGCUGGAGCAGGACAGGGAAGCGGCGCUGGAGCAGGACAGGGAAGCGGCGCUGGAGCAGGAGCCGGACAGGGAAGCGGCGCUGGAGCAGGAGCCGGACAGGGAAGCGGCGCUGGAGCAGGAGCCGGACAGGGAAGUGGCGCUGGAGCAGGAGCAGGAGCAGGACAGGGAAGUGGCGCUGGAGCAGGAGCAGGACAGGGAAGUGGCGCUGGAGCAGGACAGGGAAGUGGCGCUGGCCAGGGCGCUGGAGCAGGAGCCGGACAGGGAAGUGGCGCUGGAGCAGGAGCCGGACAGGGAAGUGGCGCUGGAGCAGGAGCCGGACAGGGAAGUGGCGCUGGAGCAGGAGCAGGACAGGGAAGUGGCGCUGGAGCAGGAGCAGGACAGGGAAGUGGCGCUGGAGCAGGAGCAGGACAGGGAAGCGGCGCUGGCCAGGGUGCUGGAGCAGGACAGGGAAGCGGCGCUGGCCAGGGCUCUGGAGCAGGACAGGGAAGCGGCGCUGGCCAGGGCUCUGGAGCCGGACAGGGAAGCGGCGCUGGCCAGGGCUCUGGAGCCGGACAGGGAAGCGGCGCUGGCCAGGGCUCUGGAGCCGGACAGGGAAGCGGCGCUGGCCAGGGCUCUGGAGCCGGACAGGGAAGCGGCGCUGGGGCAGGAGCCGGACAGGGAAGCGGCGCUGGGGCAGGAGCCGGACAGGGAAGCGGCGCUGGCCAGGGUGCUGGAACAGGAGCAGGACAGGGAAGUGGCGCUGGAGCAGGAGCCGGACAGGGAAGUGGCGCUGGAGCAGGACAUGGAAGCGGCUAUGGCCAGGGCGCAGGAGCUGGACACGGAAGCGGCGCUGGAGCAGGAGCAGGACACGGAAGCGGCACUGGAGCAGGACAGGGAAGCGGUGCUGGCCAGGGAGCUGGAGCAGGACAGGGAAGCGGCGCUGGAGCAGGACAGGGAAGCGGCUAUGGCCAGGGCGCUGGAGCAGGACAGGGAAGCGGCGCUGGAGCAGGACAGGGAAGCGGCGCUGGAGCAGGACAGGGAAGCGGCGCUGGAGCAGGACAGGGAAGCGGCGCUGGAGCAGGACAGGGAAGCGGCGCUGGAGCAGGACAGGGAAGCGGUUAUGGCCAGGGCGCUGGAGCAGGACAGGGAAGCGGCGCUGGAGCAGGACAGGGAAGCGGCGCUGGAGCAGGACAGGGAAGCGGCGCUGGAGCAGGACAGGGAAGCGGCGCUGGAGCAGGACAGGGAAGCGGCGCUGGAGCAGGACAGGGAAGCGGCGCUGGAGCAGGACAGGGAAGCGGCUAUGGCCAGGGCGCUGGAGCAGGACAGGGAAGCGGCUAUGGCCAGGGCGCUGGAGCAGGACAGGGAAGCGGCGCUGGAGCAGGACAGGGAAGCGGCGCUGGAGCAGGACAGGGAAGCGGCUAUGGCCAGGGCGCUGGAGCAGGACAGGGAAGCGGCGCUGGAGCAGGACAGGGAAGCGGCUAUGGCCAGGGCGCUGGAGCAGGACAGGGAAGCGGCGCUGGCCAGGGCGCUGGAGCAGGACAGGGAAGUGGCGCUGGAGCAGGACAGGGAAGCGGCUAUGGCCAGGGCGCUGGAGCAGGACAGGGAAGCGGCGCUGGAGCAGGACAGGGAAGCGGCUAUGGCCAGGGCGCUGGAGCAGGACAGGGAAGCGGCUAUGGCCAGGGCGCUGGAGCAGGACAGGGAAGCGGCUAUGGCCAGGGCGCUGGAGCAGGACAGGGAAGCGGCGCUGGAGCAGGACAAGGAAGCGGCUAUGGCCAGGGCGCUGGAGCAGGACAGGGAAGCGGCUAUGGCCAGGGCGCUGGAGCAGGACAGGGAAGCGGCUAUGGCCAGGGCGCUGGAGCAGGACAGGGAAGCGGCGCUGGAGCAGGACAAGGAAGCGGCUAUGGCCAGGGCGCUGGAGCAGGAGCAGGACAGGGAAGUGGUCAAGGGAAGUGUCGGGGAUGUGGCAAAGGUCAAUGUCGCCUUUAGGGACAUGUUCAUGGGAAUUUUGCAUAAUACUUUCUGGGGGUCUUUUCCAAUGCUUUUGUUCAGAUGUCAUGUUUUCCCUGUUUGCUCAAACUGUUUAGAAAGAUUUUCUGACUCUCUCUACCACUACUAUCACCUCAAAUAAAUAAAAAAUUGCUUGAUUUGAA